AAAAUAUAAUUCGAAAUGUCACAGAGAAAUUUCCAAUUUGUUCCAACGAGCUUUAGGCGAUUAGCCUUAAUCAGUAAAAAGCUUACUUGCAGGAUAGCAUUCAAAGAAGUUGAAAAAGGACUAUAUAUAAGUUCAUGUCAAGAUGAUGUCAGCAGUAAACCAAGGAGUUUUAGCUCAUAUGUCAGCCCAGCUGGCGUCACAUUUCACUUUGAUACACACAAGCUAAUCCUAAAACUUCAGGAGAAUGGGUUCUCUACACAACAAGCUGAAUCAGUGACGUCCUGUUUGGUGGAAAUCAUCAAUACAAGUAUCAGUGGAUUGGCCUCUAAUACUUUGUCUACUCUUGACAAGGAAAGACUGGAGAUGAAGUGGAAAUCAACAUAUGAUGAAGUUAGAAAUGAGAUGUUUCUUCUUGAAAAAAGCAAGUUUGCCCAAGUCAAGGAGGAGAAUGAGAAAUUGAAAGAAAAAGUAAAAUCAUUGGAGCAAUUUAUGCAGGAUGAGAUGCAAAAAAUGAAAGGAAGUAUUCGACUUGACAUGAGUCUCGAAAAAAGCAGGAGGAGCGAGGAGCUAGCAAUUCGCGACCAGCGCAUCAAGGACAAUGGCAAUAAGAUUGAGACAGAGAUCGCUAAACUUGGUACUCAAAUGGAAACCCAGAAAUUGGACCUUAUAAAAUACCUAGUCGGAAGCAUGGUUUCCUGUACCACUCUCAUGCUAGCCAUUUGGCGGAUUUUCAAGUCAUGACCGUGGGAGUGGGCAGCGGAAUUCCCGAAAAACAUGGCACCACAUGUGAACACGUGGUUCUUAGAGUGCAAACAGUAAAAGAUUAAUAAAACUAGAUUGCACUAUUUUGUACAAUCACUGAAUAGUGAAUUGUCAAUUUCACUCACAAAAUAGUGUGGCCGCUCAACCGAUACAGUGAGACAAAAGAAAGCCAAAGUCACGGUCCAAAUAUUCUACUAAAUAAUGGCGUUCCAGUUUUUGACAAAAACUAUUUUGACAAAAUUGUACAAAGUAGUACUAUUUACUAACUAAUCUUUCACGCUUUUAGAGCGGUUUUCAUUAACCCGUGAAACAAAGUGUGAUAGUCAAAGGGUAAUAGUCAGUAAAACACAAAAGAGAACAAUAGAAUCAGAUCAGAAAGUGCAAUAUGCUAAAGUGUAGUUGACGGGUUAAUUUUUAAGUUCAUCAAUAAGAAAUGGAAGGAAAAUUAAACGUGAUGUUAAGGCUGAUUUAGUCUCUUUAAUAAGACUAAGAAAAGGCAUGUUUACAAAAUAUACGGAUAAAUAAACUUUUUUUUCAGAACAA